AUCACCUCAAGCACCAAACUCAUCCACACGUCUCGUCCAAGCACAACAUACAUACACGCACACUCACUCUCACUCACUCGCUCUCGCUCACUCACCCACCUACCGUACCUGCACCUGCACCCCGGCGCCAAUAGAGAGUGCAGCAGUCGAGACCACCGCCGCGACUUGUUGCCUUUUCUCUUUGGCACACAAGGACUGCAGCGUCCGCCUCACCUUCCCACUCUUCCUGCUUGGGCUCUUUCGAUUGUUAUUUUGUUCGCUGAAUCUAACUGGCGGCAGAAAAGAAGCACUCUCAUUCAGCCAGCCCAAGGGCAGUGGGAGAGAGAAAAAAAAAGGAACAAGAUGCCCACCACCACUCAUACCACGACCACCCGGUCGCCUUUUGACACCAACAACCUGGGCAUCAACACCAACACUUCGGCCCCUGUUCUGCCACCUUACCUUCGCGCUAGUAGCCAGUCUCCGUUGCAUUCUUUUCCUUUCUCUCCGAGCAAUACCUUUCCAUCGGCCAUCGGAACAGGCAUCACAAAAGAAAAAUCGUCUACCAAAAUGGCCUUGGAUAAUUCAGAGAUCAUGGACUUUGUCACUCGCUAUCAGACCUUGCAGGGCUUCCAGAACGCCAGCGACCAGCUGAUGAAGGAACUUUUGAUAUACUGCAAAGAAAUUCAGGGCCAAUAUGCCGGUGAAAAUCAAAUGCUCAAGCAGGAGCUGCGUAAUGCAAAGCUUGACCUCGAGCAUGCCACCACUUCCAGAAGAGAGAUGCAGAAGGUGCUGCAAGAGCUUGAUUAUGAUAACAGCUACAUGAAGAAUCGCAAUCCCUACGUCUUGAUUCUAAUUGAUGGAGACGGACUCCUUUUUCAAGAAUCGUUUAUCAGACAGGGCAUCGAGGGCGGCAAGCAAGCCGCCUACGCCCUCCGCACCGCCGUUGCCGAGUACGUUGGCAGUCAGUCGGGUGAGGUUGAAAUUGUCGCCAAAGUUUGCGCCAAUCUAUCGGGCCUUGGACGUGCUAUGCGCAGAGAUGGCUGCCUCGACAGCGAGUCCGAGCUCAAGGAGUUUUCUUUGGGGUUCACCCAGGCCAAAGCUUCGUUUGAUUUCAUCGACGUCGGUCACGGUAAGGAACGUGCCGACUCGAAGAUCAAAGAGGCCACCCGUUGGCAUUUGCGAAACUACAAUUGCAGACAGAUUUUGCUUGGCAUUUCCCACGAUGCGGGUUAUGCCCCUUUUCUCGAUGAGAUCCUUCAGGAUACAGAUACUCGCUCGAGAGUCAGUCUAAUUGAGGGCGUCGCCACGGUCAGAGAGCUGAAAAACACCAACGUUCAUAUCCUCGACCCGCUGCCCAGCCUUUUCCGAAACCAAAAGCUCAUUGAUAGAAGUAUCGACCGCGCUUCUGAACGCGCCGAGGCAGCCUACGCCAGAUCUUCAGCGGUGGCGGCGGCUACUCCGACGCCUUUCUAUUCGGCUUCAUCUAGAGCGUCGACAUCUUCGCCUGUGAUGGUUGUAGCUUCGCCGACCUCGCCUCCUGCCACAGCGGUUACGACAGCUUCUUCCUCCUGGGCUGGAGUUACUGCCAAGGCAAGCCCGCCCCCAGUCAUCACCACCCCGUUGGCCAAUAAAGCUGCCAAUGUUCCGGCUCGAAAGGCUACGGAGCCCAAAGUGUCGACACCGGCGUGGAACCCUGGCGAACGUGGCCUUGAUGCUCCCAUCCCCAUCAACCCGACGGCUAUGGACAACAUUAAGAAACGAACGGGCAAGGACAAGCUGUGCAACAACCAUUACCUACGUGGACCUUGUGCCAAGGGCGACGAGUGCUGCUUUGAACACAAGUACAAGCCCAACGCCGAUGAGAUUAACGCCAUCGCCCACUUGACUCGUCUCAACCCCUGCACCAGCGGUCAGGAGUGUGAUGUAGACAACUGCAUCUACGGACAUCAUUGUCCCAGCAUCACCGGAACCACCUGCACUCACCCGUUUUGCAAGUUCAGAGUUGAGGACCAUCCACCUGGCACAAAGUUCAAAAAUGCCAAGAUUCACGAAAACUGAGAAGCUCUAAGGUACCGAUUUUUUUUUUUUGGGGAGGGGAAGAGAGACAAAGGGAGGGAGAAGGAGAGAACUUGCGUUGGCACAUGGAUUGGCUAUGGCAUAGAGAGUUGUAGCUCAUCUGCUGAUGGUCUGCAUACGUGCUGGGUUUGCUGUUGAGAAUUUAAUUUGUGUAUGAUUAGCUUGCUCAUUGGCAAAUUGAGCUUGCCACAUGAGCUUCGUAUAGCUAUGCAUGAAUAGAUGUUUCAUGAAUAUUGUCUA